CGAUUGUGACGACUUUGUUGUUGUUUUUCAAACAGUCCCAUCGUUAACUGAUCAUUCUUGUUUCAAAGAGAUCAAAACUCGUCACUUUGUGAUGACUUUGUGAGUUAGGUUUCGAGGAUCAGAUGCAAAAAUCAAGACAGUUCAGCGGGAAAUGGGAGCCCUUGAAGAGCCAAAAAGAUGAUUUUGCGACUGCUGUUUGUUAUUACGUCUGCUUUAGAAGCUUCAAAUACCGACGGAGAACCACCUGCUUGUGCCAUGUUUAAAAACCUCACGAAGACACGCGAAUUCAUUGACAAAUCCCUGCUUAUCAGAAACAUCCUGGAUACUCGCAAGCACAUCUACAUCGAGGCUCCCCCUGGUUUCGGAAAAUCUACCAACCUACAGAUGCUUCGGGAUUUCUUCGCCAUGCAAGUCGACUCAAUGGGAUACUCUAUCAACCCGGCAAAAAUCCUGAAAACUGACUCAACCUUUCAGGAAGCCUUGAAGAGGUGUGGAGGGCGUCGAAACACCUCGACAGAACGCGGAGCCUUCGUCAUCGACACCAAAGGCCAGUCCAUCGACGUGAAUGUCACUAGAGCCCUCGGCAUCUCCAGGAAUCCUCUAAAAAACUAUGAUACCUUCUCGAAGUUGCCAUUGAAAAUAUACGAGGAGUCGCCAGAGUUAUUCGAAACCCAGUUUGCUCGUUAUCCUGUCCUCAUGAUUGACUUUGGAGCUUUGCCCACUAAUUUCUAUCGAGAUUUCGUACGAUCUUUUAAAAUAAUGAUCGCGAAGCUCUUCGACCAAUUUCGGUAUUUGUUAAAGAGCAGCAGACUGGGGCAGAACAACAAGGAUAUAUUUAUACGCUUCAGGGACCGGUAUAAAGAACUGGGUAUAGAAGAGGUAGUGCGUGGCGGAGAGAGACUAGUUCAACUCUUGUCAGCACAUCAUCAUCGAAAAUCAAUAGUUCUAGUUGACAACUUUGACGUGCCCAUUCGCGCGGCUCUUUUGGCGCCUCACCUCAACGAGCAAAGUUUUAAGGGGAUCAAGUGGAGCGCUUCCCAAUUCGUCAAAUUGCUCAUUAAAAGCAGUUUCGUCUUCAGGACCGUGGUUGCAGGGAAUCUCAGACUAGAAAUCACGGACGAAUUGAUGCAUUUCUCCAUUUUCGAGGAUCCAUUUUUGCACCGGUAUUUCGGUCUUACAGAGGAUGAUAUUUCUGAGCUUGCAAUACGAUUCGAUGACCAAAAACACAUUACGGACAUCCAAAAUUGGUACGGCAACUACAAAACAACGCCCAAGGGGCGAAAACUCUACAACACUCGCUCGGCGAUUAGCUAUUUUAAGACAGGUGAUCUGAAACCGUACCGGAAUGAGGCCUUAAAGUUCAAAGCCCUGAAAAACCUCCUAGAUUAUGAGACGACAGGUCGCCACGUAGAAGACACCUUUGACAAUCACACACGGAUCUUGAUCCGGCAGAAGAUUCCGGCAAAGCAUCUCGAGGAUCUAAAACGAACAAUCGUCGACUCAAAUCAAACCGCCAUCGAUACGAAUUUAGUGCUACAGAUCCUCCUAGACCACGGUUUCUACUCACUGGUUGACGAGAAUAAACUCUACGUGCCAAACAUUGAAGCUAUGUUAGACAUCAAGACUCUUAUCUUCGACCGAUCGUACUACAUCAAAAAACUAAAUAUUACCGAUUACGCCAUUGAUACCUUUGUACAAAGCCUCGAGAAACUUACUAGUGAGGACGCGUCCUUCUGUAACUUUUCCAAUGCGAUCAAAGCACUUUUCAAGUACCGCGUGCCACAAGGUGCGCAGGAGUUAGCGCACACCUUGCUCACUCUAGCAGCCGACGCUCGGAAAUUCGACUUAGUGCGAGGUCCAGAGACCCCCAACUGCAAGCACCAAUAUGUCCUUGUGAAACAGCGUAAGGACAAGGGGAUCAUCAUCAGGAUCACGGUGGACCCACUUGAUUAUGAGGAGCUGAAAUCCGUUUUGCUCAAGAGUUUCCAGGUGUUUCCGGAUUGCAAGGCAAAGAUUGGCAUCUUGCUGGGUUUGAAACGUCGCGGACUGCUCGCGGAUCUCGGGAUGAUGUACAAGUUUGACAAUCGCACCGUUCUGGACACCGGUGAGAACCAUCCUGAGGCGCACGUCAUCAACGGUGCCACAACGGAAACAGAGAAAACUAGUGAUCGGGCAUGAAGUGUUGCCAUCUAUCCAUUCAACGUCUACCGUUUAACAAAAAUUGACCCUCCGAACUUAAGAGAUAUCAGUGUGAGACGUGGCAAAGAUAGCGAGGAAGGAAUUCCUGUCGUGUAACACUUGAGGAAACAAAGAUGAACUAGACCGUGUACACGUAUCAAAGAAUCGUGUUCAAAUAGUUGCGGCUCGCAGAUUGAGGGGAAAAUGUUCGAUACAGUUUGAAAUCGCUCCGGAACAUCUUUAGGGUUGUCAUCUACCACGGUGAUGAAUACAAUGAUUUUCUCUACCUUGGUUUCAUCAAUUAUGUACGUGGAGCAACCUGUCCAAAUGUGAAUAAUUGAAUAUUACUGAUUAAUGAAGCCACCGAGAUGAGAAUCGUCUAAACCUCGGACAAGUUUGGUUUUGACAGUUCUCCUUAAACAUUCUGCUCCUCUGCAGGCUGCAAAUCUCAAAACCCGAUUUUGUAACAGACUUUGACCCAUUAUUAGCGGAUCUCACUCAAAAAUUUACAAUUUUAGUCGAUGUGUCUAUUAAAUCGACAUCAAAAUUUUACUUUUCAAGCAGAAUCGAUGGUAAACCUUUACGGUUGAAAUCAAACGUUGAUAAGCAUAAUUGAGUUUGAAAUCCCGGCAAACACUAUACUUUCGAUUGUAGUGCCCCUAAAUUUACGCCCGAAUUUAUUUUUUAAAUAAAAUAAAUAAUUGAAAUAGCUGCAUUUUUCCAAGUCAGAAAAUUAAGCAAAAACCACCACAAACAUUGACAAGCUACAUUUGCACUAAUGUUCCUUAAAGUGUUGUAUUGUGUUAAAUCGCUUUACUCUUUAGAAAAGUCAUGACGAUGGCCAAGGGCCAGAUCAGAAGCUUCGACAGUUAUAAAUAAAUACAUUCAUUUUCA